AUGCUGAACUUAUCCGCACGGCAAGCAAAUAAUCUUCAGACCUUUGAUCAAGCCCUCGGCGGAGCAAAGGCGCCAGCAAUUACGCAAAGUGGAGACUAUCAACGUCCAUACACUGUCGACGGAGUCCUUUUCGCUGAUCUUGGAUCUGCGACACGGCGCAGCUGUGACACGCAGUUCAACGCUUGCGCUGGAAUUGUGAACGCGGCUGGAAACAACAAGGGAUCUUUCAGUGUGACCGAUUGUGAUGCUCAGAGAAGUGCCUGCACCACUGGCAAAUCACAAUCAGAAGAUCCGCCGUCUACUAUUGGAUUUACGGAGAAUCUAGGACCAGACCCUCAAUUUCCGGACUUUGAUCUUAUAUGUGAUGCUUGA